AUGAAGAUCAGGAAUGCAGUAACCCGCCGAGGGGUGGAAGGCGGCGGCGCGGUCGGCUUCCUCUGCGGCGUGGCGUGCACGCUGCUGCUGGUUUGGUGGCACCACAGGCACAGCAUGGUGUUCUUCGUGGAUGCCGAGUCCCGCACGCUGCCUGGCACUGAUCCUUCCAACGACGGCGAGGCGGCAGCCGAUGUGGCACAGGUUCAGGAGCCGCCCGUGCCUCGCGCCAUGCGCGCCGCCCCGCUGCCAGACCUGGACACCGUGCCGCACCUCAUGGUCAGCUUCGGCAAUGCGGCGUACUUCGAGCUGGCUCAAAAUUGGGCUAAAACUGUGCAACAGAUCGGUUCCCCGUUCCUCAUCGCAGCCCUUGACGAGGGCAUGAUGGCGCUGUGCCUGGAGAACCAGCUGCCCUGCUCCAAGAUCGACCUGGGAAAAGAUGAGGCACACAUCAACUUCCGAGACAACUUCCAGGCCUUCCGCGCCAUGGGGGCCGUCAAGGUGCGGUUUGUGCUGGACCUGCUGGAGCAGCACCCCGCGCUGCCGCUGGUGGUGGUGAGCGACACCGACGCCGUGUGGCUGCGCCCGCCCUGGACCUACUUCCAGCAGCGCCCCGCCGCCGAGUUCUUCUCCUCCUCCGACUGCCUCAGCCACCAGGUGGAGGUGGAGUGGCGGCGGGACCACGGGCAGCCCAGAUGUGGGCACGUGCCGGGCAACGGCGACGGCCACGCCCUCAACACGGGCCUGUUUGCGGUGCGCAACACCGAGGGCGCCAAGGCGGCCAUGCGGGCGUGGGCGGGCAUGCUGGUUGACCCCGCCCAGGAGCGUGCCGACGACCCCAUGCACCGCGAGAUGGACGACCAGCUGGCGCUCAACACGAUGUUUGAGGGGCAGGGGGGCAGCGUCAGCCUCAGCGCAGAGGACCCCCGCACAGUGCUGGUGUGGGACAACAAGCUCAGGCUGCAGGUGCUGCCGGUGCUGCUCUUCUCAAACGGACACGUCGCCUUUGUGCAGCGCACGCCCUGGAAGAUGGGAGUGGCCCCCAUCGCCAUCCACACCACCUUCCAGCGCUACCACAUCCCCGGCAAGCGCUCCCGCCUGCGCGAGUUUGGCCUGUGGCUCAUGGACCCUCCUGAGUACUACGGAGCCCCCGCGCCAGCUGGCGCCCUCGGCGGUGCAGGCGCCGGCGCCCAGCCGCUGCAGCUGCUGGCCUAUGAGCUGGAUGUGGCGGCGUUUGUGGCGGAGGCGGAGCGGCGGCGCUACCCGGGGGCCCGCAUGCCGCUGUUUGAGAAGAAUUGGCUGGGCAUGAGCUUCCAGCUGGCGGCGCUGAGGGAUGCGCUGGCGGCGGCGCGCAUGCUGGGCCGCACGCUCAUCGUGCCGCCCGUCUGGUGCUGGUGCGACUAUGACGAGCACCCGCACAUCCUCUACCGCUGCCGCAUCAAGGGCACCGAUUACGGCGUGCCUUUUGAGGCCCCCCUGGAUUACCUCAUCCCCGUGGCCCAGCUGGAUGCCUAUGGGGUGGCCUACCGCCACUCCAGCUUCCUGCAGCACCCCCAGGUGCCCGCCUCGCUGCGCCACUCUCGUGCGGCGGUUGACAUCUCUCCCAGCCGCCCAGCCAACCCCUUCCCCGCUCCCGCGGUCACCAUCGGGCACGGCGCCACGGUGUGGGCGGGCAUCCAGCUGCCAGACCUGCUGCGUGUGCUGCAGCCGGUGCAGUCGUCGGCGGUGCUGGUGCUCAGGGGCCACGUGCCCGGGUUCCUGGGCGGGUAUGGGCCCCAGGGCGGCGCGGAGGCGGCGCAGAUGGAUGAGCUGUUUGCGGAGCUGCUGGGCAACGACGGCGCGUUCUGUUGCUUCUCUUGGGGCGACUCGGACCAGCAGUACGACCGUCUGAGAUACGCCUGGCCGGCGCCGCUGGCGGAAGAGUGGCGCCCUUGGGAGCCUCCGGUGCUGCGGCUGCCAGAGUGGUGCGACCGGGUCAGCGCCAAGCACGGCAACCAGGGCUUCACGCGCCUGCGCCAGCACCCCUGCGCCUUCCUGCGCAACGCCAGCCUGGCGGCGGAGGCAGCCGACGACUCGGGGCCCUACAACACUGGGUGGGAGCCCCACUAG